AUGGCUACCUCCUCUACCUCUGCUUUACUCUACGCUGCUACUGUCGCAGUUCCUUCGAUUGCAAGUGAAAAACCAGAUGAUGAAGUCACAAAAGCAAAAGCCUGGCAUGCAAAGAGCGGCCAUGGCUUCGAAAAUCCCUGGCCCUCGUGGGUAACCCUCUCUCCCUGGAGGAUAAUGGGUGGAAUGAUCUCAAGACGGUUGUCGGGCGCAGCCAAUAGCCCCAACACCACUCCCCCCACAGUGACGGUCCAGGCCCCGUCAUGGCUUUCUUCGAGAACAGAAAGCACAUCACUAAGAGCGACCUGGCUCGGUCAUGCCUGCUAUUAUGUCGAAUUCCCCUCUGGCCUGCGGGUUCUAUUUGAUCCCGUCUUCACCGCGAGAUGUUCUCCACUCUCCUGGCUUGGUCCAAAAAGAUAUACAGAAAUGCCAUGCCAGAUAUCCGACAUUCCGACGAUUGACGCCGUCGUCAUUUCUCACAACCAUUACGAUCACCUGUCGCACCCUACGAUAAUGGACAUAUCCCAGCGUCACCCCGAAUGUCAAUUCUUCGUCCCUCUGGGAAACAAGAAAUGGUUUACCGCGUGCGGCAUAGAAAAAUGCACAGAGCUCGACUGGUGGGAGGAGGUCGAUUUCAAUCUAACACCCUCAAAACCGGCCGACAAGAAACACUCCACAACGUCUGACCAGACAAGUGUGACUUCAGUCGAUGAUCCUAAAAAGCCUUCCGCAGAUAUAACGGCCCGCAUCUCAUGUUUGCCAUGCCAGCAUACCUCAAAUCGCAGUCUGAAUGAUCGUGCUGCAACACUUUGGGCAUCCUGGAGCGUGUCUUCUGGUGGCAAGUCACUAUGGUUUGGUGGAGACACAGGUUAUCGGGCAGUGCCAAAGGAGUCUGACGGAAAGGAUGACUACGCCGAGGAGUACGCCGAUUUACCACAUUGUCCUGCUUUCGCCGACAUUGGUCGACUUCGUGGUCCCUUCGAUCUGGGUUUAAUCCCCAUUGGAGCGUAUAUGCCUCGUUGGCUCUUCAGUUCCAUGCACGCUGACCCGAGAGAUGCGGUGGAGAUCUUCAGAGAUACUAAAUGUCAGAAAGCCUUGGGAAUGCAUUGGGGAACCUGGGUUUUGACCGAGGAGGAUGUUCUCGAACCGCCUAGGUUGCUCAAGAAGGCACUCAAACAUCACGCUAUUCCGGAGACCGGUGUCUUUGAUGUCAUUGAUAUUGGUGCCAGCAAAGAGUUUUGA